AUGUAUGUAUGUCGAUUUCAGUUUGCUCACAUUUCACAAAUUUUGCCCCUAGAGAAUCAAUUUCAACGACACCCCAGGUAUGUAUGUCUUUGUCAUCUUUGGGCGGUUGUCAAGACAAAACCAAGAGGGGUAUAUGAAGUCAUCGAAGCUGAAACAGAAGUUGCGCUUGAUGGAAACACUGAAGCAAAUGGAUUCUUUCAUCUUGAUGAGCGGUUUGAGUUACCGAAUGAAGUAAAUGUUAGUGAACAUUUCACCCUAGCCUCAAAUAAAACUAACUUUGAGAAAAUAUCUUCCGAUGAGAGUGAGGGUUCUGAAGCGAGAAACCAAGAAGAUGAUACAGCUGACGAGGAUAGAGACGAACUAGUUUAUUUUAACUACUUUGAUCCAGAUGAGGACGAAUGUUAG